UCAUACGGUAGAUGUGUAACAUUGCCAGUUUCCUUCGCCUACUCCUACUCUGAAAAUAAAUAAUCAAAGUACCAAAAACAUUGAACUCAGCUUUACAUAUCACACUCACUACACCAACUUCAUAAUUCCAUUUUCUAAAUAUACAUUAAAACCCUAAACUAUUACUUCUCUGUCGCCGAUCAUCGGAAACAAUGGCUACUUUUCAUGAUAUUGACACUGUUAAAGCAGAGAAAGCCGAUGCUAUGAGACGAUAUAAAAGACACAGAAUCUUAACACUCUGUUUAAACUCCGCCGUCACUUUCGCUCUUCUAAGCUGCUUCUUCAUCGCCUUCUUCCCUUUGCUUCGCGACGUGGCGUCGUCACUUAACGUUUCCGCUUUAAACAAACCUUUAUUCAUUUUCAUCCUCAUAAACUCCCUGGUUUUUCUUAUAUAUAAUUUCUCUUCCGACCAAAAAUCCGACGCUGUUUGCGGUCGUGAUAAUCUUUACGAUCAGUAUGUCUCCUUAUCAUCUUCUCGCCGGACAGCACCGUCUGAUGAGAAAAAACAACUUGUCGUCUCGCCGGAACCGGAGAAUAAUCAAUCGGAAGAUCAGAUUAUCUAUUGUGACAAACAGAUUGUUCAUUGCGAGAAUGCUUCUGCUAAUCAUGGCAAUCCAAUGCGUGAUCUUAAGGUUAUGGAAACUGAUGCUACUAGCGUUGAUGAUACAGAGGAGAAGCGGUUUAAGAGGACGCAAUCGGAGAAGUAUGAGACGGAGAAGAAGAAGAAGAAAAGGAGCAGUCAACGCCGAGUCUUGCGGCGGUCAGAGACAGAGAUUAAUGGAAGAGAGAUGGUGGUGGUUAACUGUGGCGGUGAUCGGAGACAGAGGAAGUCUAUUAAGGAUAUGAAUAAUGAAGAAUUUAACCUGACAAUUGAGAGUUUUAUCGCUAGUAAAAAGAAGAGCUUAAGAGAUGAACAUUUUGCAGUUUCGAUUCAAGAAGAGUCCAUUUCUGCUAUUACAUGCGUGUGAUUAGGUGUUAGAUUUGGAAGGAAAUUAAGGAUUUAGAGUUAAAAUCUAUCUUGAAUUUUAUGAAAAUAGAUUGAAUGUACAUAUCAUAAUUCCAGUUUGAUGGUUAUUAUGGAUUAUGAAUCACUCUUUUUGCUGGUUGAUCCACGAUUCUUGAUUUUAUUUUGAAUUUCACAUCAAGAUUCUUGGUAACCGGCUCUGUUUUAAUUGAAAUCUUUAGUAAAGGUCUAUUCUGAAUGGAAA